UUUAUGUCCGCAAAUUGGCAGCCUCGCAGUUUCCACAUUUGUGCUACGUCAAGUCCCAAUUUGCCUCAAAUAAGUCAGAAAAAAUCAGUAGUUAUGAGUAAUGGAACGAAUCAAAAUGGACCUACCCUGGACCAACAGUUUGCUGCUAUGGAUCUGAUGACAGGAGCAAAAAAAUAUGUGCCACCACACCUACGCAACAGAAACGAUGGUGGACGUCCUAUGGCAGUUCCACACCCAGGCGGCUACCAGAACUUCAUUGCCCCCAACGCUCAACCAGGUUUUGGUGGCGCUCAAUUCACUAGAGCCAUGGGCUAUCCAGCUCAACCACCUCCUCCAUUCAAUGCACCUCCACCCCAAGCCCAGGGCUACAGCGGUGGAUAUGAUGGUGGUUCCAGUGGAAACUACGGCCGCAGUGGAUACAACAACCAAGGAAGAGGAGGCGGUUACAACAACCGUGGUGGCUACAACAGAGAGGGCGGCCGUGGUGGAUACAACCGUGACCAAGGCAACAGCUACAACGGACGAGGAGGUGGUGGUGGUGGACGUUACAAUGAUCAGCAAUCGGGAUCAUAUCAGAACAGGAAUAGUUACCAAGAUUCAGGUGGACGGGGUGGCUACCAGAGCCCACAAGGACAGGGAGGACCCGGAGGAUACCAACCUCGUGGUAAUUACAACAGCCGUCUUGACUGGGGACCUGGUGGUCGGGGAGCCCCACAGCAGGGUGGCGGUGAUACCUUCUGGGGUGUCCGGGGCCAACAGAACCAGGAUGGCUGGGGUAGGGCCGAGGACUACCGAGGUCGUGAUGUGCCACGUGUAGAGCAAGACGAGGAUUGGACUAAGCCUCUCCCAAGAAACACCCGUGUAGAAAAUGAAUUGUUUGGAAGUUCCAACACUGGAAUUAACUUUGACAAAUAUGCUGACAUCCCUGUAGAGGCUACAGGAACCAACUCACCAUCUCCCAUUGAACAGUUCAGCGACAUUGACUUGGGUGACAUCAUCCGUAACAACACUGAGCUGUGUAACUACAACACCCCAACCCCUGUUCAGAAGUAUGCUAUUCCUAUCAUCAAGGGAAAGAGAGAUCUCAUGGCCUGUGCUCAGACUGGUUCUGGAAAGACUGCUGCUUUCUUGCUUCCUAUUCUAUCCCAAAUCUUUGAGAGUGGACCUCACAAACAUGCUGUGGGUUGCUACCGUAAGAAGCAGUUCCCUCUUGCUUUGAUUCUAUCCCCAACUCGUGAGUUGACAUCCCAGAUCUACGAUGAAGCUAGGAAGUUCUCCUACCGUUCUCACGUUCGUCCCUGUGUGGUUUAUGGAGGAGCUGAUGUCAAAGGUCAGAUUGCUGAUUUGGAGAGGGGUUGCCAUCUCCUUGUUGCUACGCCAGGACGUCUGGUCGACAUGUUGGAGAGGGGCAAGAUCGGUCUUGAGAAAAUCAGAUGGGUGGUCCUUGAUGAGGCUGAUCGUAUGCUUGACAUGGGUUUUGAACCCCAGAUUCGCCGCAUCGUAGAGGAAGAUGAAAUGCCCAAAGUUGGAGAGAGACAAAUGCUUAUGUUCAGUGCCACCUUCCCCAAGGAAAUUCAGGUUCUGGCCCGUGACUUCUUGAAAGACUACAUCUUCUUGGCUGUUGGUCGCGUUGGUAGUACUAGCAGCAACAUCACCCAGAAGAUUGUCUGGGUGGAGGAAGGAGACAAGAGAUCCUUCCUUUUGGAUUUGAUCUCGGCCUCAGGUGCUGGCUCUCUAACCCUGGUGUUUGUUGAGACCAAGAAGGGAGCUGAUGCUCUAGAGGAUUUCCUCCUCCGGGAGAAGUUCCAAGCCACCAGCAUCCAUGGUGAUCGCUCCCAGAAGGAACGUGAAGAAGCCCUGAAGACCUUCCGUAGUGGCCGCACUCCAAUUCUGGUCGCUACCGCUGUGGCCGCCCGUGGUCUUGAUAUCUGCAACGUGAAGCACGUCAUCAACUUUGAUCUGCCAACAGACAUUGAGGAGUACGUUCACCGUAUUGGUCGUACUGGACGUGUCGGCAACACAGGUCUUGCAACGUCUUUCUUCAAUGAGAAGAACCGUAACAUCGCCCGUGACUUGGCUGAUCUGAUGAUUGAAGCUAAGCAGGAAGUACCCAACUGGCUUGAUGCUCUCGCUAGCGAGGCCAAGAACAGUGGAGGCUCAUCACGACGUGGACGCAACAGGUACCCUGGAGGGUUUGGUUCCCGUGACUACCGUCAGGCCAAUAACCGUGGUGGACGUGGGGGCGGAGUCUCCGGCGGCUAUGGAGGUCACCAGACCGGCGGAGGACACGGUGGGGGCAACUUCCCCGUCUACCAGCCUCAUUACGGCGGAAACUAUGGAGGUAGCUACAACCAGUCCAGCGGUGGUCAGGACUGGUGGGGCAACUAGACCCUAUUCAGACACCAGAACGGAUCGUGGAGCUUGAUACUGUGCAGCAUGUAUCCUUGUGAUAUUGUUAUACAGGAGUUGGCUCUUUACUCAGAGGCUAGCUAAGGUAUUCAUUCCUUGGCCUGCCUUAUGUUUCUAUUAUAUAUAUAUUUUCAUCUUACCGUGCUUACGUUGCAGCGUUAGAAUCUUUUAGGUUAGGCGUAUUAUAUCUAUCUUUGGAAAUAUAGAUUCUUGUGAAUUUAUAUGCACACUUUAUUGUCUUAUCUCCUUAGUCUUUGUUUAAUUCUUAGAGAUAGUGGAAAGAAAAAUCACCAGCUGCCAUUUGUUUUUAAGUUGCAGCAUAUUUUUUGUACCAAUGAAACAAAAAUUAGAAACUGAAUACCGAUGUGCAUGAGGCUUUAUAUCUCCCUUUGCUGUCGGUCCAGGGUAGGUUAUGAACAGACCCAUUUUGGAGGCAGAGGACAUCUAAAAAAAAGGCAAAUAAAGUGGAUAAAUGUGGAAACUGCUCAAAACAAUAAUCUAGUUCAUAUUGCACUCUGUGUGAGACUGGUGAGCAAUCACUUCUCGGGAUAACGAGGCGAUUAACCAGAGUGCACUAUGAAACAGUGAGAUGGGGUGAAUAUCUCAUCACGAGAGGCUAUAUUUUUAGAUGGGAUUAAGUGUAUUGUCCUAUUCUCAUAUCUAAGAUAAGUAUAGUUGUGUUUUUGUUGUUUCUUCUUUUAACUAUGGUAGGAUGCUGUAAGAAAUUAUGUGAAGUAAAAUGUUCAUUUUUUUCACUUUUUAGAAAUUUAAGGUAAACAUGUGAUGACAUAAUUAUGAUACACAAUACAAUGGUGAUGCAUACUUUCGAUGUACUGCAAAAACCUGAAUGCAGAUGUUUAAUUCACUUGAUUAGUUCUUAAUACCUUGCAUCCAUACUUUGUAUGCUACCAGUUGUAAUUUAGAGGAAGAUGAUUUUGAAGAGGAGAGCAUGAGAUAAAAAGAAAUCAAUGCUGUCUUUCAUGUUAAAACUGGCAGCAGUUGAUGACUCUUUCUGAUGAGAUUUUGGAAAUAACUUUUAAUUUAUAGCAUCCUACCACUCACAGUAUCCAUGCAUAUUGCGAGUAUGAUUACAGAUUGCAUGUGUAGUCCAUUUCUAUUCACAAGAGAAACUUGGUGGAAGACUGUUAUUAAAAGCACCUUUUUCUCUCCCACUUUUCUUAUAUUUUAAUUGUCUAUUGUAAUCUUGAUGCUUCGAUAACAUGCAUCUGCAUCAUUGUACAGACUAAAGUCAGUCUUAUGUAAUCAUUAUGAAUGGAUGUGUAUUGUAGAUGCCUAGAACUUGUUCGGAAAAGAAAAAUUGUUGUGAAUGCUAGAUAUUUUUUUCUCUCUUCUCCACUUUAAAGUAUGUAUUUAAGCUUAGAAUCGUGUGAAUUCUGUUGUUCCAUACUUACAAUUGUUCAAAAAAAUAUUGUCGGUCAGUUCUUUUUUUAUAUGAAAAGAGCGGGUUAUAUUUUUAAACCAACAAAGGAGAGAUAGUGAACUUUUCCCCCUUCAUUGGAACAUAAAAGUAGGAACAGGUGCCAGCCAUGCCACAAAUAUAAAUGGAUAAAUUGUAAGUCUUGUGAAUUCCUGUGCUUCUGUUGCAAAGAAUGGCGCAAUAGAAUGGUCUUAUCAUGGAAUGUUGCUUGAUGUUACUCGCAUUUGGUUUUAACAUUGUAGGGUAUUCAUUGUGUUCUUUUCUAUUUCAUUUCAUUUUAAUCAUUCUGAGAAUCAUUACUGUAAAUGCAUGAGAGGGCAUCUGUUCCUACUACUAAAAAGAAAACGCUAAUUAGAACAUUAAGUUCACUGUUUCUUCGAGAUAACCUGCUGUGUGAACAUCUGAAGAAACGUAUUAGCAUACCUGUGUCUGUACUGGAUAAAGAAUUGUUUUAUCUGUCAUUUCAGAAAAUGAAAGUAAUAAGAGAAAAAUGUCUUUAUUUUUUCACAUUUUUAGGGAUAUUUGAAGAACCAAAGAUCCAUUUGUGCUGAAUGGAAAGAAAUUUCAGCAGAUUUCAGACUCGUCAUAAUAUUUUACCAUUGUUCUUAUCAUGCAGUGAUUAAAAGUGUAAACGAUCCAUGGUAUUUUCUGUCCGGUGAUCUGUUGUGUUUUUUAACGAAAGCGCAAUAGAUCAUUAUGUAUUUGUUUCUCAUAUUCUGAUAUGUAUUGGUUUUAACUGUGCAAUCGGGAUCUCGCAUGCCAGAGCCACAACAGUAUUUUGUUUUUUAACCCCCCCCCCACCUCUCCAAUUUAUGCUUUGAACUCCGUCCCGACCAAGAGGGACCCUUUUCAUAUAGAGUUCCAGCUAAUCUAACUUUGCCAUUAUAGCAACAACAAUGGUUACAGGGCUCAACUGCCAAUUUCAAUCAAGGUUCCCUUGGAACUUCAUAUAAUGACAAAUUUACGAUAGUUGUAAGUCUUGGUGAAAUUGGCCCCUUACCAAGAGGGACCCUUUUCAUAUAGAGUUCCAGCUAAUCUAACUUUGCCAUUAUAGCAACAACAGUGGUUACAGGGCUCAACUGCCAAUUUCAAUCAAGGUUCCCUUGGAACUUCAUAUAAUGACAAAUUUACGAUAGUUGUAAGUCUUGGUGAAACCGGCCCCUUAUUAGUUUCUUCCUUUUGUGAAUUCUUGGUGUUUUAUGGCUCUGGCUGCGUUUGUGACUCUGAGUUACGACGAAACUUUUGUGACGUAUGAACACAACAAAAAAUGUCUAGUCAGAGGAUAGUGCAGAUAACUCUCUUUGAAGUAUAAAUUAUUCACCUUUUUCUAUUUAAAAUGUACUAUUUCACUUUUUGCAUUGCAAACUAGUGUUACGUCAGCUAUGUACGCAAGGAAUAGAUUGACCAGUGGGUUGUCAUUACUUACGUGUGUACACGUCAUCACACUUACAUCUAUGAUAAUCCGCUAGUCACUUAUAUUCUUGUAACCACAAAUUUAACCAUUGUUAUAUAAACAUCAACAUGUUAUGAAUAUGAACCUUUCAUAUUCAAACGUUUACUUGUUGAAAAUGAAGUAUUAUUAUGUUCAUUCAGAACUACGUACAUGUAUUAUUAUUUAUGCCAAACAUAACUCAACCAUGUUAGCAGCAUGCAUUUAAGCAUGCUAGCGGAACAGUUUUUGAUCUUCGAAACUGACUAUUUAUUUUUAUGUUUCUGUAUGCGUCAUGAAAGAGUUAAUGCAGUUUUCAUGAACAAUAUGGGAAGAAAUGAUUGGAAAUUUCUCCUUUUUUUGAGCAGGCCUCAUGCCCAGUCACAAAUCAUAUCAGCGAUAAGUCUCUUAAUAUUAAACGUUUCUUGGGGACAUAUUUUUACCCCGCUUUCUUUUAGUAUGUGGCAGCGCAUUUGAGUAUAUCGUCAUUAUCUGUCAUAUUAUUCUCAGAGAUAAUCUAAUGAUGGAUCUUUGUUAUAAAUACAGAUGUGUGCUUCGGAUACUGAUUUUAAAUUUUCAGUCUUCGGUAUCCCUUGUUGAGCAAAUUAUGGGACAAGGACCUUCAGACCCUAAUUUGAAAAAAAUAUAUACAAUUGAUAGGUUUCUAUGUGUUAAAAUUGAAAAUAAACUAGUGCCUUUUGGGGAAAUAGAUGAUUUUUUUUCUUUGUCAUAAGACAUCAAAGGAAAAAAAAUACAAAAUAAACAUUCCAUCCUUCUGAAUAUAAACGUGUAUUUAGUCCAAAGUUUUGCCAGGGAAAGGUGCUGAUGAAGAGUCUUUGUUUGUGGGGUGUUUGGAGAUGAAAACUUGAUAUCUAAAUGUGUUUUCAUGGUAUAAUCAUCAUUCUUUUUGAAAGCAUGUUACUUAAUGAGAGUAACAUAAAUAUUUGCCUAAUAUAUAUAUUUUUUGUUCUUUCAUAUCUUGCUAAGCACUUCAAGUGAUGAAUCAACUCAAAGUUUCAGGAAUCAGUUUGUUUCUACCUACCGUAAACAUGGCAUGGACCAGUUAGCGUUGCGCGAUCUGCCCGUGAAGUAUGGCCAAGCCACGUGGCCGCCCACGUCCAUUUCUGGAAUGUCCAGAUAAUGCGCCGAAAAUGCAACGGUGAAAGCACGCUCUAGUCCCGUUGCCACUCACUCACUGAUAAAAACUACUGUUGCGAUGUUGAUUAAACUAAUCAUUUACACAUAUUACCUGUUACUACUUUUCUUUGUAUCACCUUACUGAACCAUUUAACAUGAUUUAUGUAAGUUUUUUUUUAAGGAAUAGCCAUUCAUCUAAAGGGCACAAUUUAAAGUACUUUCUACGUGUCUGUAGCAUUAAGAGAGCUAGAAACUUUAAAAGUAAAUUCCCUCCCCAAAGAAUAUUUUUAUACCAAUAAUAUACCACUCUGUGUACUUAGAUAGAAAGAGAAGGUGGACUUUUUAUUAAUCAGAUCAAAUGCACUUAUGUACAUAGUUUUGAGGAGAGAGUGAGAGUGGUCGAAUACAUAAUAUCAUUUUCAGAAUAUGAUUAUGCAGUACCUGUGGAAAAGCCUUUGUGGUCAUUUAUCUUGUGUUUAUCAAUCAAGUUUGUGUCACAUCAGGAACAUCUUAUCUUAGCCAGUGUACCUUGACAUUUGUAUUGCAAGCCAUUUUGACAUUUAAUCGGGCUAUCUUGUAAUACAAAGACUGCAAUUCUUGACUUUCUUGACAUCGAGAAUUCCACUUUUUCCAAGUCAAGAUAUUCAAUAUUGACACCUAGAAAUAUACUGGCUUCCAAUACAUAUUGUAUAUCUUUCUACGCUGCCUUCGUGUGACAGCCCAUUAAGUGAUGACAAAGACUUUGUUUGGCACUGUAGAUCAGAAGUGAGUUAAAUAGUACUGCUGGGAGGUUUUUGAUGGUUAACCAAAUAUCAACUACCUGUCUUGUGUUCAAACAUUCCUUCCUGUAUCUGUUAUACUUCUUCAUUGUUGCUUUUCUCAAUUCAUGUUAUCAUCAGAGGACGGUAGUAUAUUUUUUAAAGGGUUAUCAGAUGUCUUGUGCAUGUAUUUUAAUUUGAUUUAAUGAUAAUGCACAUACUAAAUAUUCUUAUUAAGUUUAAUUUUUUAUAAUCAAAAACAGUUUUUAGUGCCAAUAAGCCUAAGUCAUGGGGCUUUCCUUCCUUUAGCCAGUUAAUUGUCAAGUUUUCUAAUUAACACUUUAUUUGAACUUUGAUACAAAUUCAUUAUUUAAGGGUUUUUUUAUUUUUUCGGACAUGCAACAUAUAAUUUUUACAUUUUAAAUGACCGCUUUCUUGAAGUGAGAAAAAUGGCGAUUAGAGAUUUUUGACAUAGCAGUUUAAACCAUUAUUUUUUUUAUUGUUAUUUAGACUUAACUAUUCGCUGUAAGCAGACUAAAUUCAACAACCCUUUGCAUUUAGUGAGUGUGUGUGUGUUUGUACUGUAUUGUUUCUUCUUGUUUGUGUUUGUAUGAAAAUGUUGAUGUAUCACAUCAGUUAUUUCUGGAAAUUUUCAGAUCUUAAGCCUGAAACCAAAGCUUAAAUUGUCCUUAAAUGGACAAUUUAACCGUGCUUUUCUCCAUGUUCUAUGAAAAUGCCUUUUUUACUCUUCGAUAGGUAUGCUGUUUGUUUAUAUCGCGAAAGAAAAAUAUAGUGAAAAUAAUGUUGGUUAAUUUAGGUUGUAAUUUCUAGGAAUAUAUCAUUUGUUAACUGUCUUUUAUAGACCGUAUAACAGUGCCUCUUUGGAUUCCUUUCCGGAGGAACAGAUAUCAAGAUCAGUUAUGCAGGGUUUUAGAUAUAUAGCUAAUGGUAGUUUAUUGCAUCAAAGUAAUAUUUUCCUUGUUGUCCACUUUCCUAUCCGUAUAAUGAUUUGCAAAAUGCGAGCUGCUAUUCACACAAACAUUGAAUACAUGUAUUGCUGUCAUCCUGUAUUGCAAUGCAUUACGUACCCAUAAAGGCUGUAUUUACUCUUAACAUAAGUUCAAAAAGUAUUUAUAUAUUUUGUUAUAAAAACUUCAGGUAUUCAGUAACAUCAUACUUUUCUAUGUAGGUUCCUAUUUUUAAAUUGGACACCUUGUUUAAAUACAAAAUGUGCAAUGAGGGUCCUCGUCAUGCUCCAAUUCAUGAUAAAGGUCUGAUUGAAAGAAGUUAACAUGUUACAUUUCUUUGCUGUUUCAUGUGAACUUGAGAUUUAUUUUUUUACAUCAUGAAUCUUUGAAUUAUUAUUCUUGCAAAGUCAGAUAAGCCUCUUGCAAUAUUGCAAGGCAUGUAAAAUGGUGCCUUUUCAACGCGAAGUCUAGCUAAUUCGUACUUGCCAUAGGUGAACUUGGAAGGGUGGGGGUGGAAGGGGGCCUUAGUAGCUACGUUAAAAGGGGGUGAUAAUUAAUAUUUUCUCUUUUUUUACUAUGCAGAACUAUUUCUGAUGCUGAGCAUUUUUAUAGAAAGUUUGUCAAAAAUGCUUAACAAGUUUUGUAUGUUUCAUGUUGUGAUCACUCGAUUAAGAAAGAUUCUACUUCAUGUAUCUCUUAAAGCAUUUAGUCGUCCGUCUCAUUCGGGCUUAAGCUAGUGCAAUAUUCUGUUUUCUAUAGAAAUGCCCAAAUUUUGAUACAUGCAGAUUAAUUUCUAAAACCUCGCAAGCAGAUAUGUAGGCUUCAUCUUUCAUCAUACAAGCUAUUCAUAGUUCAUAUAACAGGAAAUUAUUUAAUAAUUUAGCAUCCAAAAUCAAGUCUAGUGAAAACUUGUUUUUAUAGGUUUUCAAAUUAUCUGUGAUGUUCUGUAUAAUGGAUAUAUCAUAUUAAGGCACUAAGCAAUAAUAUUAUUUUUUGUUAGUUUUUCUGUACCAUUAUGACUUUAAUUGAUAAGUGAAAACUGUUUUUUAAACAUUUUUUUUACUUGAAAGACAAUGGAACAUAUAUGUUGGGCAGAUGAGUGGCAAAUGAAUAGAUAAAACUAUCAUAUUUAAAUUGAACAUGUCAUGUUUCUGUGAGAAUAAGAGGUAUUGCUUACAGUUUAUAUUUUUCUAUCUAACUGUAUAAUCUUUGUUAUACUUUGAUGCUGAGGGUAGCAAUGUGUGUUCAAGGGAAAAAUGCUGUUAAUUGCUUAAUCUAUGGUACUAUCUAUACACGUCUUUUUCAUUUUUAAGAAAUUAUGAAUGUUUUGAAGUUAUAUUCCUGUCCACCUCAUUGCAUUUGUGCAGAUUUAUACCAAAAUCUUUGAACUCUGUUGAGACAGAGAGGUAAAAUUAAGCUAAGAUUACUCUUGGGAGAUAUGUACAUGUAUAUAUAAAGAACAUUGCUGUCGAACAUCAUGAAGUAUUUAUUUUUGUGCAAGUACUCAAAAUCAAAAUCAAUCACAUUCUUUUUAAAUGGGGUACGUCAGAUAGCAAUUUAUUUUGUAGAGUGGGAGUGUCGGGAGCUUUAGUUUUUGGGGAAGGGGGGGGGGGAAACCAGAAUGUAGAACUUCUACAGGGGCUUAGUACUGGAGUCACAUUCUAGGCUUGGUGGAUCCAUAUUCAGGGUAAAUGUACAUUGAAAGUUUUGGAAAUUUGUCAAGAAAAACUUUUUUGGGAGUUAAUAUAUCUAUGUAUUAAAUCUAUCGGUGAGUGGCGUGUGUGGGGCAGAAGCGUGUUGCGCGCAGUGGUAUAUUUAACGGACCGAGACUUGUCGCAUGAGGCCUGCGGUAAAUUUGGAGAAGUCGUAUUGAGGUUUAUAUCUUGUGAAGAAUAAUAAAGUAUUAAAACCGUUUCAAUUUUCAUAACAGCAGGGGAAAACUCUUUACCAAGAAUGAAACAAUCUUGUUUUGUGAUCAAAUUUUUAUUUUUUCAUGUGUUUAACGAUAUGUGUUUUAUAUACUUCACAGCCUUACAUUAUGAUGUACCUGUUAUUUCUUCAAAACAAUAGUCAUGAAUAUAUCUUAUAAUUUCUUUUUUUUUAAUGUUGGUCUGCCAGUGCUAAAGUGUACAACAGUAUUUUAGUCCUAGGGGAAAUUCAAUCUUCCAUUAGCAAGCUGAAAUGGACUUAUUUUGAAAAGAAAAAUGUCCAUGUCCUUGCACUUGGGAGUUAAAUUCAAAAUAACUGUUCAGCAGAUGAAAUAAAGAAAGCUGCCGUGAGGUGCUCUUACACCCCUCCGAUCAAAAAUAUUCCCUGGUAUUUUCUGAUCAGGAGCUCUACCCUGAUCAGAAAAUACUGGAUUCUUUUACCAUUAUGAAAGCAAGGGCUUGUAAUAUUGAUGAAGAAAAAUACCUGCAAAUUACUAGAUACUAGUAACAAAGUAAAAGAACUUUUGCAGGGAUUUAUCCAAUGUCAUUAGUAUAUUUGCAUUGUGACUGUGAAUAAUAAGAACGACUCAGAUCCAAUCGGGUGUGAAUACGCAGAAUGUAUUAUCAGGCAUUAGAGGCCUGAUCAAGUUCUUGUAAUUCACAGGUAUUUUCAUGAUCGGGCUGGUGUGAAAUACCACUGGCUAAAGGAAACACUUUUUUCUUUUCAUCAGGGCCUUUUACAUAUGCUGUAUACCAACAGAGGAAUUUCUCCAUAAGACAUUGAGGCUCUGAUCCAAUAUCUCUUUUUAACAUUUUGACUUUUUAUAAAUAGGGAGGGGUUUUUUUUGAAGGGGAGGUGUUAAAGGGAGAAGUGUCUGUCAUUGAGACUUCUCUACCAGACGCAAAAAGCAUUAUUUAUAUUUAAGAAAUGGCCUCAACCAGUGAUAAUUUCUAUUUUUAUAUUUAUUGAUAUCUGUAACUCAUUGAUGAAAGAAGCAACAUUGUGUGUCUUGAUUGUGCAAAGUCUUGUUCUGAUUAUUAAGCACUAACCUAUAUUAAAAUAAAUAAAAAAAGAACUCAAACCUAUACAUUUCCAUAUGGAAAAUGCAUUAUCUUUCAGAAAUAUUGCAUCUUUAUUAAAUUCAAUUUGUUUCUUAUUUAUGGGGGAAUAAAUAAAAGAGUUUUUUUUAGGAAAGUGACAGUUUAACCCUUUUUCACAGACUUCUUAUGUGGAAUAGAGUGAAUAAUUUGUAAACUUUUUAUCAUUUCAUUUAACCGCAGUCAAGACACACAAUGACACAGGUGAUUGCUUCGAACAUUCUUUUUUUGUAAAUCAUUUCCUUGUCUAUUAACAAGGACCUUUUUCAUACACUAUACAUUAUCAAACUGUUUUGUAACUUAUUAUAUUCUAAGCACAGGUGUGUGAGAAAAAAAAACUGACGAGGAAGAGAGGACGUAGAAGAAAAAGAAGACAAAAAAAUUUGAAUGAUUUCUUUGAACUUUGGAAGUAUGCAAGUUGUGGGACAACAGACUUAUAUAUAUGGUAGUUUGAACAUUUUUUGAAAAUUGAUGAAAAAAUGCAUUGUUGACGUAUUUUUGCUGUUGUCGCUGGUAUUUACGAGUUUUUAAAGUUACUGAUUACGUCGUACCAAGCUUAUGUACUACAUUGCAGUAAAGGACAAAAGAGUAUUGGUAUUCAAAACGUUGGAUGCAAAUUUCAAUUCUAUGUUGUCUUUAUAAACUAUACCAAUGUAUGUGUAAAAAAGACAUGUGUUCUAUAGUUUUUUCAGAACAUUGAAUUUCACUGAAUUCUGAAAAAGAUGAUCCUCUCCGCGAAAUGUACUGUUCUGACGAACAUUGUAAAAACUUUCAGUAAUUUUGAUUAAAUUUUUAACAUGUCUCUCAUCCUGGGCUCUUUUUCAUGAAAAUCUCAAUCGAUUGUUAUAUCAGAAGUAAUUGAUAUAAGCAAUUGAAUUGUUAGCAUUUGAUUGGUUGAACGUAUUAUCAAUCCAAUCUUUUAUGAUUCUUUGCCCAGUUUUGUGAUCAAAGCCAGUUGUCUGUUGGAUGGAAAUCUUAUUAAUUGCAAAUAUCACAGCUCUGUAACAUAACACUCAGCCAGUCAAAUCUAUUGGCCCGAAUUCACAAAGGUGGAUUUUAAAACCAUUGGUUGAGCUCAUGGUUUGUGCAGAUUUAUUGUAUAAAUUACGCCUAUUUACCGUGUAGAUUAAAAAAUGUACAAUGCUUAUAUGCACGUUUUUAUCACAGUGCGCCAAAUUGACGCCUGUUCAAUGUUGCCGUGGUUAUCCAUGCUAUUUUUUAAUGAGUCCUCUGUUUAAAGAGUAGACUCAUUAAUUCAAAACAGUGGACUCGUGAAUAAAAUAGCGUUGAUAACCAGGGCGACAGGUGUCUAUUUGGCGGGCUGUGGCAAAAGUACGCAUCAGCAUUGGAUAUUCUUUUAAUAUACACCGUAAAUAAGCAUUUAUACAGGAAAUCUGCAUACACCAUUGGUUCAAUCGAUAGUUUUAAAAACUACCUUGAAUUCUGGACAAUGUUUUCAUGAGUUUAUGAGAAGGAGUUACUAUGAGAUGAUCUGGAUAGUGAUACACUGAGUCUUAUGAAUUUGUAAGUGAUCAUC